UGAUCGAGUACCACCAAGCCGCUGAAGGUGACUCGUAAAAGGAACCUCCAUUGCCCGGCGACGACACUCUUAUUUCGUCUCUUUUCGUGCGAUUACACAGGCCUUCUCUCUCCCAACAUGUCGCCCAAGAAAGCUCUCGUUCUCCUGGCCGAGGGGGCAGAGGAGAUGGAAGCUGUCAUUGCAAUUGAUACGCUGAGGAGAGGCGGGAUAGAAGUCACUGUUGCUGGGCUCAAUGGUGCAGGAGCUGUCAAGUGCAGCCGAGACGUGGUGGUCGUGCCUGAUGCCGCUCUAGAAGACGCUGCUGGAAAGGGUCCCUAUGAUGCCAUCGUUCUCCCUGGAGGCCUCAAGGGUGCCGAGAGUUUUGGCCAGAGUGCUACUGUGAAGACCCUCCUCACUGACCAACAGAAAGCUGGGCGAGUUAUUGGAGCAAUCUGUGCAGCCCCUGCUGUCUCCCUCCCCCCCCAUGGCAUAGGAGAGGGCAAAAAGGUGACCUGCUAUCCUGCUCUGAAGGACCGUCUUGAUGCUGGCAAGUACACCUACCAGGAUCAGAAAGUGGUGGAGGAUGGCGAGCUCAUCACCUCCCAGGGCCCAGGAACAGCUUUUGACUUUGGCCUGGCUCUUGUGAAGAAACUUGUGGAUUCUGAGAAGUCUGCUUCUGUUGCCAAGGCCAUGCUGCUCUAGUAAAAUGAAGAUGACCAUAGGAACAACAAUGAUGAUUGUAAUAAACAGCUGCUAAUAUUGGAAGAAAGUAUGUUUUUUUUAUUAGUUUUCUUUUUUUUCUGUCUUCAAUCAACAUCUUUAAUGGAAAUGUUCACUGUCAGCAGGAAAUUAGUUACUUUUGUUUGUUCUUUCUUUUUGAAAAGUCUUGACUAAACACCUGUGUAAAUUGUCCCUUUAUGAAGAAUUAGUGAAUGUUUAAUUUGUUUUGGAAAAGAGAAUUUUUUCUCAUUCCUCAAAAUUGAGGAAUCUGUGAUAUGGAAUUGAAAUUAAGAUAAUUUCAU